AUGGCCCAGGCAGCUGAAUUGCUUUAUCCUAGCUUAGUUGUUUUUGGCGCUUCAGGUCCUAUGGGGCGUCUUCUGGUACAACAGGCGCUACAAAAAGGUCAUCUUGUAACUGCUGUUGUUAGAAGUCCAGAGAAAUUCGACAUCAAGUAUGUUUAUGUUUGUACGUAUGUCGUUCCAAUUCAUAUGUUCAUUUGUGCUAGCAAUUGCACUGAUGACCACAGAUGUUGCACCAUACUUUUUUUUCGUUUUAACCUCUCGAGUAGGUUAAGAGAUAUGUAUGAUAAAACAUCGUAAAAGCUUACUUGUUUAUCAAAGACGAAUGAUUUUACUUUUGUGGGCUUGUGUAUAACUCAUCAGUGUUAAUAUAAGCUUUGGUAAAUUACGUACACGUAUUCUUCCCAAUGUUCUAUUAAAAGUAAAGGUCAGAGACGAUUUUGCUAGCUAGUUAUUUUGAAACUGCUCUAAAUGUUUUUAUCUAAUAAUUCUGGCUUGCUUUUGUUUUAUUCUCGAUUCUUCUUCACAAAAAAACGAAGAUACAUGUCGACUGCAUUUUUUGCUCGUCCAGUUGAAUUUGCAUAAUUCUGUUUUGGUUUGCGUAACACCUGCAAUAACACACUCUUGAAAGUCACGCAAAGUGUGAAAAGGCACAUGCCCUAUUUUCAGCCGUCACAAACUUGGAGUGAAUGUCGUUGAAACUUAACAAGCUGGUUACUGAAACGAAGUCAAACUUGGACUAGAGUUUAACACACAUUUUAUGUAGAAAAAUAGACUCUUCUUGUGGUUGUAAACUCUUUAUAUUACUUGAUGAACAAUAAAAACAUGUCAGUGAAACAGACACUUCACAUAGCAGCGCAUGAAAUUUGCUCUUUCAUCAGAGACUUUCCAUUUAUUUUCUCUUUCUUUUUUGCAUUUUUAGACAUGAAAAGCUGGAUGUUAUCAAAGGGGAUAUAUUAAACUCAGAGUCCUUGAUUCCUGUCCUUGAAGGCAAAGAUGCUGUGUUAUCAUGCCUUGGUGCCCAUGGAACAAGUGUCUUUCGACACACAACAUUAUACUCAGAGUCAAUGAAGUCAAUAAUGUCUGCAAUGGAAAAGUAAGUGUCUUGUCCAGUGCUCUCUUGUAACACUGCUGCUUUCUUCUCUUUACAGAGUAAGGGUUGUUAUGAUGGUCCUGGAGGUGACUCCGCCCAUAUGUAGGUUAACUUUGCUCGUGGUUCUCCUCCUUACCCCAAGAGGUUUUUCUUCGGGUAUUCUAGCUUACCCCUCUACCUAAACUAACUCUUACCUUAAUUGACUCUGAGAUUUUCAAAUUCCAGUUUGAUCAGGAGGAGAUAAAGAAUCCAUUUUUAGAUUUGCUAAUGCUGAACAUAACUAUUUUAAACUUAAUAUAAUAACGUUAACAGCAAUUAAUCAUCAAAAUUUGGUUCUUAAGCGAAGAAAAUAAGUUGACAAUUUAUUGCAUCUUCCUUCUACAGACAUUUUUAGUUCAGAACUUUGCUAAGUUUAACCCACCACCCCCUGUACCAGCUUGAGCUGGUUCCUAAGGAUAUAGAGCUUUAAAUCCAUAAAGAGCUUUAAAGGCUAACUGACGAGCAUUUGCCUCGAACCAUGUGUCUUCCUACUAUGUCUGAUUUAUAUUACGUGGAGCGUAAUGAUAGACAGUAUUUUGGAGAAACCCAAACAGUAACACAGAGCCGCUUAUAAAAGUGAAUUUAAGAGUGCUGAGUGACACCCAAUUUAAUCAACCAUCCACUUUAUUCCACCUUAAAGAGGUGUAAAGCCGCCAGUUGCAGGGUGACCGCGUGAAAAGAGGUGAUGUAUAAUUCAGGUAAAAUCCUGGACUCAACUCGAACACCAGAUGUUAAAUUAAGCUACAAUGGAGGUCAAAGAACUUGAGAAAGGUGGUAAAAUUCUUCCAAGUAAUUGUUACAUAGAACUCUGCUCCUAGUGACAAUUCUUUAAUCAGUCUUGUGUUCUUUCCUUCUUCCCUCCCACUCCCCCUAUAGAAUGGUGCGCCCACUGAAGGACUCAUUUCCACCCAUUUCUGCUUAAAAUUCAACAUUGCAGGGAUGGGAGGUAGGAGGUCGACAGUUUUACUAAUAUCACAGGCAAGGUCUCAACACUUAUUACCUCCAUCGUAGGUUUACUUAAUUUGCAAUCGAAAUUACAGCCUCGCCUGUUGGCUAAGACUGUGUUUAUUUAACAGGAGUAAACUUCAGAGAAUAGUGUGUGUCACUUCGUGGUGCACUAGGAAGGAAGCAGGAAAUCCCAAAACUGUUGAGUGGCUUUUAAAGCCUGUUGCGAUGGCUGGGUUCAUUCAUGAUAUGGCUUUGAUGGAAAGCAUACUUAUGGAGUCAGGCCUCUGCUACACCGUUGUCCGUCCACCAAUACUGAACAACAGUAAGCAUGGGAAGUUGUUGGGGUGUCUUUAUAUUAGUGUUAUACGCAAACUUUCAAGGCAGGUUUUCACUAACGACGGAGUCAGACUCGGGGGUUAGUGAAUCAAAUUAACGACGCCGCAUAUAGCUACAUCACUUAGUUCCUAUAGUCAACUAGAUUGUCGGAGUCGCAGUCUUGUUGCGUUUUCCGCGCGUCUGAUCUCUAGCUCUCUGUAACUGAACCACUCACGGAACGCUCCAGGUUUGCUAAGCCGAGAACGCCAACGCUAAGCACAGACUAGGCAACCAUCGACCCAGUUUUCAUAAUUUAUUGAGUUUGUUAUAACUUAUUUUCAUGGACGAGAACUACGUUUACGGAUUUAAACACAUUAAACUAUUUUGGUUUUUUCUCUUUUUUCAUAAAUAUGAAGUAUUCCUAGUUGCUUGAUUCAGUAGCAAUAUACUUUCCCAUUCUUAUUGUAAGGUUUGUCGAUCUCUUUAACACUGAAUUUGCACCCUAUUCAUGUAUUGUGGUUUCUAUCAGAUCCAGGUAAAGGCGACUACACAGUGCUAGAGGGUCAGUUUGUUCCCAAAGCUCCAAUGUUCAUACCACGAGCCGAUGUUACAAAUUACAUGUUAUCGUCACUCCAAAGGAAUGACUCGGACAGGAAAUGCAUGGCCAUUGGCGGGAAAGCGUGA